AUGGGCGACUAUAACAAUGUAUCUGCCAUGAUCAGGGCGCUAAAGGAAGGUGGCAAUUUGGCAGCAUUAACUGGCGGUGAUCCACAUAGUCUACAUUCGGGUCGAAGUGGUGCAUGGAAAGCUAAAUUAAAAAAUUAUAUUCAAAAAAUAAAUGCAUCAAAUGAACGAUCAUUAUUUAUAUUUUCAAAAAAAAAUUGGAUACGAAAACGAGCUAAUGAUGUUAUUGAAUGGAAUCCAUUUGAAUAUAUGGUGCUAUUAACAAUUAUUGCUAAUUGUAUUGUUUUGGCACUUGAAGAACAUUUACCCAAAGAUGAUAAAACAAAAGUGGCUAGAUCAUUAGAAAAAACAGAAAUUUAUUUUCUUGGAAUAUUUUUUUUUGAAGCUGCUCUUAAAAUAAUUGCAUUGGGAUUUAUGUUACAUCGUGGUUCAUAUCUUCGAAGUCCUUGGAAUGUAAUGGAUUUUAUUGUUGUUGUUACUGGUUUGGCAACAAUUAGUAUUAAAAAAGAUAGUUCUUUUGAUUUACGCACAUUACGUGCUGUACGUGUUCUUCGACCACUUAAACUGGUCUCAGGCAUUCCAAGUCUUCAAGUGGUGCUUAAAUCAAUAUUAAAAGCAAUGGCUCCAUUAUUUCAAAUAGCUCUUUUAGUUCUUUUCGCUAUUGUCAUUUUUGCUAUUAUUGGUCUUGAAUUAUAUUCAGGAGUUUUUCAUACAACUUGUUUUUAUGCUAAUAAAACAGUAAUAUACAAAGUUGACAAUGAUGCUCCAACUACAUGUGGAGUACCCGGAGAUCCUAUAUGGGGUUGGUUAAAUAUAAAACAUGGUGUAUUUACAUGUAAUAUUCCAAAUGAAUCACUUGUUUGUCGUGAAUAUUGGAUUGGUCCAAAUAAGGGCAUAACUAGUUUUGAUAAUAUUGUUUUUGCUAUGCUUACUGUCUUUCAAUGUAUAACUAUGGAAGGAUGGACACAAGUACUUUAUUGGACAAAUGAUGCAGUAGGAACUUUAUUUAAUUGGCUUUAUUUUGUACCAUUAAUUAUACUUGGUUCAUUUUUUAUGCUUAAUCUUGUUCUUGGUGUUUUGAGCGGAGAAUUUGCAAAAGAAAGAGAACGUGUAGAAAAUCGUCGAGCAUUUGUUAAAAUUCGUCGUCAACAACAAGUUGAAAGAGAAUAUAAUAAUUAUGUUGAAUGGAUUAAUCGAGCUGAAGAUGUUAUUUUAAAUGAAGAAAGAACAACAGAACAAGAACGACGUGCAAUUCAUGAAGCUCGAAAAUAUGCAGCAUUAAAAAAAAUUCGACAUUAUCGAGCAGGAAAACAACAAAGUGUAGAUGAUGAUGAAGAUGAUAUUGAUCAUGCAUUUAAUCGUGGUCGUGGAACUGGUAUUGAACGAACUGAUCGACCACGAACAUUUGGUCGUCGAUGGCAUAUUCAACAACGUGUAAUUAAGAGUAAAAUUCGUGUUUUGGUUAAAACUCAAGCAUUUUAUUGGACUGUUAUUGUACUUGUUUUUCUUAAUACAGCAUGUGUUGCUAUUGAACAUGAUGGACAAAAACAAUUUCUUACAGAUUUCUUAUAUAUUGCAGAAUUUGUAUUUCUUGGUUUAUUCGUUUUUGAAAUGCUUUUUAAAAUGUAUGGUCUUGGUGUUGAUCAAUAUUUUGCAUCAUCAUUUAAUAUAUUUGAUUUUGUUGUUAUUGUUGGUUCUAUAUUUGAAGUUAUUUGGACACAUUUUAAUCCUGAAGAAUCAUUUGGUGUAUCAGUUUUACGUUCAUUACGUCUAUUGAGAAUUUUUAAAGUUACUCGGCAUUGGGCAUCUCUUCGUAAUUUAGUUGUAUCACUUUUGAGUAGUAUGCGAUCAAUUGUUAGUUUAUUAUUUCUUCUCUUCUUAUUUAUUCUAAUAUUUGCAUUAUUGGGUAUGCAAUUAUUUGGUGGCGAAUUCAAUUUUGAAGAUGGAACACCAUUACAAAAUUUUAAUAAAUUUGCUACAGCACUUAUAACUGUUUUUCAAAUUUUAACUGGUGAAGAUUGGAAUGAAAUUAUGUAUAAUGGUAUUAUAUCUCAAGAAGGACCUCAUGGUAAAGGCAUGAUCUAUUCACUUUAUUUUAUUAUUCUUGUUUUAUUUGGCAAUUAUACAUUACUUAAUGUAUUUUUGGCUAUUGCUGUUGAUAAUUUAGCAAAUGCACAUGAACUUACAAAAGAUGAAGAAGAAGAACAAGCAGCUGAAGAAGAAAAACGUGAACGUGAAUCAAAAGAUGUUGAAUCAAUGUUUAAAUUAGGUUCAUCAUCAUCAUCACCACCACCAACAGAUACAGCAACAACAACACCAAAUGUUAAAUCUAAAAAAACAGAUCAAGAAACAUUUUUAAAUCGAAAUAAUCUUCGACAAACAACAAAACGAGAACAUACUGAAAAUACUAUUAAAACAGUUUUAGAAAAAAAACCAUCAAAUCAACCAAUAGUUUCAAAAACUGAUGAUUAUUUAGAUAGACAUCUAUUUGAAAAAGCUAAUCUUGAUUAUAUACCCGGUUUAGAUUAUGAUCUUGGUCCAGUUUUUAUGCCAACAUUGGAUAAAUUACAAGGAUUUAAUGAUCCAGAAACUGCAAAAGCUCGUGCUGAAGAAGCAGCACGAAAAAAAGCUGCUGAAGCUGCAGCUGAAGCCGAAGCAAAGAAAAAAGAACAAGCUCGAACUGUUAAACCAAUUCUUCCAUAUAGUUCAAUGUUUAUUUUUAGUAGUACUAAUCCGAUUCGUCGAUUUUGUCAUUUUAUUGUUACUCUUCGUUAUUUUGAUUUACUUAUUAUGAUUGUUAUAUGUCUUAGUUCAAUAUCAUUAGCUGCUGAAGAUCCUGUACAUGAAAGUUCAACACGUAAUUUAGUACUCAAUUAUCUUGAUUAUGCAUUUACAGGUGUAUUUACUGUUGAAUUAUUAUUGAAGAUUGUUGAUUUAGGUGUUGUACUUCAUGAAGGUUCUUAUUGUCGUGAUAUAUGGAAUUUACUUGAUGCACUUGUUGUUAUUUGUGCAUUAGUUGCUUUUGGUUUUACAGAAAAUGGAGCUGGAAAAAAUUUAAAUACAAUUAAAUCUUUACGUGUUCUUCGUGUAUUACGUCCAUUAAAAACAAUUAAUCGUGUACCAAAAUUAAAAGCUGUAUUUGAUUGUGUUAUUACUUCAUUAUCAAAUGUUUUAACUAUAUUAAUUGUUUAUAUGUUAUUUCAAUUUAUUUUUGCUGUUAUUGCUGUACAAUUAUUUAAAGGAAAAUUUUAUCGAUGUUCUGAUCUAUCAAAAUUAACACCUGAAGAAUGUCAAGGAUAUUAUUUUGAUUUUGGUAAUGGUAAAAAUAAACCUGAAUGUCAAAAACGAAGAUGGGAACCAUAUGAUUUUACUUAUGAUAGUGUUCCACAAGCUAUGUUAACAUUAUUUACUGUUCAAACAGGUGAAGGAUGGCCAACUGUAUUACAACAUUCAAUUGAUGCUACUGGUGUUAAUCGUGGUCCACGACCUAGUCAUCGUCUUGAAGUUGCAGUAUUUUAUGUUGUUUAUUUUAUUGUAUUUCCAUUUUUUUUCGUAAAUAUAUUUGUUGCUUUAAUUAUUAUAACAUUUCAAGAUCAAGGACAAAAAGAAUUAGAAGAAGCUGAAAUAGAAAAAAAUCAAAAAUCAUGUAUUGAUUUUGCAUUAAAUGCUAAACCUAUACAAAGAUGUAGACCUAAACAAGAAGGUUCAUUACGUUAUCGAAUAUGGUUAUUAUGUACAUCAUCAUAUUUUGAAUUUUGUAUUAUGGUUAUGAUUGCACUUAAUACUUGUGUACUUAUGGCAAAAUAUUAUAGAAGUCCACCAACAUAUAAUGAUAUAUUAACAUAUGCUAAUACAACUUUUACUGCUUUAUUUACUGUUGAAAGUAUUUUAAAAAUAAUGGCAUUUGGUUUAAGAAAUUAUUUUCAUGAUAAAUGGAAUGCAUUUGAUUUUAUUACAGUACUUGGUAGUAUUGCUGAUGUACUUGUUACAGAAUUUCGAUUUAGUGGCAAAGCUAAUGUUUCUGUAACAGCUGGUCCACAGAAACACAAGAAUACAUUACUUAAUUUGGGUUUUCUUCGUUUAUUUCGUGCUGCUCGUUUAAUAAAACUUUUACGUCAAGGAUAUACAAUACGUAUUUUACUUUGGACAUUUAUACAAUCAUUUAAAGCAUUACCUUAUGUUUGUUUAUUAAUAGCUAUGCUUUUUUUUAUUUAUGCUAUUAUUGGCAUGCAGGUUUUUGGUAAUGUUCGUCAUGAUUCAGGAAAAUCCGAGAUAAAUCGACACAAUAAUUUUGCCAAUUUUCUUUAUGCUUUAAUGCUCUUGUUCAGAUGUGCAACAGGUGAAAGUUGGCAAGCAGUUAUGUUAGCAUGUAAAGCUGGUGUUGAUUGUCAACCACCAUAUAAUAGUGGAUAUCAAGCAAAAACUACAAGUAAAUGUGGAUCAAAUUUUGCAUAUCUUUAUUUUUGUUCGUUUGUUUUUCUUUCAUCAUUUUUGAUGUUGAAUUUAUUUGUUGCUGUUAUUAUGGAUAAUUUUGAUUAUUUAACACGAGAUUCAUCUAUAUUGGGUGCACAUCAUCUUGAUGAAUUUAUUCGAGCUUGGUCUGAAUAUGAUCCUGAUGGAACUGGUAAAUUGGAAUAUACAAAAAUGUUUGAAAUGCUAAGACUUAUGUCACCACCUGUUGGAUUUGGAACUAAAUGUCCAUCAAAAUUAGCAUAUAAACGUUUAAUUCGUAUGAAUAUGCCAAUUGAUGAUAAACGUCAAGUACAUUUUACUACAACACUUUUUGCACUUAUUCGUGAAUCUCUUGGUAUUAAAAUGCGUAAUGUUGCUGACGAAAUGGAUGAAGCCGAUAAUGAAUUACGUCAGGUUAUAUGUAAAUUAUGGCCUACACUUGCAAAAAAAUCUAUUAAAUUAUAUGAAGGUGGAACAAAACCAUUACUUGAUCUUGUUGUACCAUCUAAACAUGAAUUACAUGGUACACCUGGUCAUCCAAAAUUAACUGUUGGAAAAGUUUAUGCUAUUAAUUUAUAUAUUGAUAAUUAUCGUUCAUAUAAACAAGGACAUCCAAAUGAUGCUAGUUUCCAUUUAAAUCGACUUGUAUCAGUACUUAAAGAACGUGCACAUUCAAAAGAAGCUAUUCAUGAACUUGAUCCUGAUGGACGACGGACAUCAUGUCGUCUUGCUGAAAGUUUGCAACGAUCUGGAUCAAGUCGAUCAUCGCAAAAUCUUGACAAUAUAUUUUCGAGUAAAAAUAAACUAUCCAUAAGUGGUGAAGGAAGUAGUAUUAAUCUUGAAAAUGGACAUAUAAAUUCAUCAACUAAUAAAAUGUUAAAUUUAAUUAAUUUUGAUGAAACACGACGAACUAGUCAACAACCUAUAAAUGGUUUUUCUAAUCAAACUCAAUAUGGUAAAACAUUAAAUGUUCCAAAUACAAAUAUUCUUCAAACUUUACCAAACAUAACACCAUUAACAUCAAAAUCUCCACCUCGUUCUGCAAUAAUGACAACACCAAAAUCAUCAACAAUAGGAACACGACCAUUAUUAGUUGUAACAACAACAAAUGAUCAACAAAAAACACAAACAAUAACUGUACCUAAUGAUCGUCGUUUACCAUUAAAUGGACGUAUAUCAACAAUUAUACAAUCAAAACAACGUCAACAACCACGAAUACCAAUAAAUAAUAAUAAUCAUCAAUUAAUUAAUGAAACAACAUCAAAAAAAUUUAUUAAUACUCGACCACGAACAGCAUUAUUAUUUAAUUCAAUAUAUGAACCUUCUGAACAACGUCAACCAUUAUUAGAUAAUGAAAAUGAUAUAAUAAAUCAACAUAAUUCAAUUGAUGAUGAAAAUAAUAAUUGGUCAAUUGCUCCAAAAAUCAUACUUCCAUCAACUCGAACAUUACCUAUGCAAAAUUCAUUACCAAUAAUAAAUACAGUUCGAUCACGACCACAACCAAAUAAUAUUUCUCGUCAAUUACCAUCAUUACCUAUACGACAAUUACCAAAUAUAAAUACUCCGAAAGCAUAUUUUGAUUUAGAAAAUGACGAUGAAGAAAUCAUAACAGACAAAUUUAAACGUACUAGUGAAUUAUAUUAUUAUCAAACAUCAUCAUCAUCAUCAUCAUCAUCAAAUUCUAAUGAUUCAUUAACAUCAGAUAAUUCUAAUGAUGAAAAUCAUGAAGAACAAAUUCAAACUGAUCAACAAGAAGAUUAUGAUGAGGAUGAUGAUGAUGAUGAUGAUAAUAAUAGACAAAUUCAAAGAUUACAAAGUGAUGAUGAUGAUGAUUAA